AUGGAUGCACUCAGAACAGCUAAUAAGGCCCUAGCCAGUGUGAUCGAUAGCAAGGACACCGAAAUCGGCAAACUGAGAAACCGCGUUCAACAUUUGCUACAGAAUUAUGAGGAGUACCAAGACAUCCAAGCCAAAGCGCAAGCUGAUUUGUUAUCCCAAAUUAAGAACCUGGAAGAGCAAGUUCACAACUGUACUUGCAAUGAUGAAGAUAAUACACAGAUGAACCAGCUCGUGCACCUAAACCUGAAUAUUAUAGCAGAUGAAGAUCAAGAAGAAACUGAGAAAAGGAUCAGACAAACUAUAGAAAAAGAUAUUAAAAUGCAAUGAAAGCAUAUCUACACUACCAAAAUUACACAGAUGGAACAGGACAUAAAAUAAGCUCAUUGAGUAUAAGACUGAACUUGAAAAGGCUCUUGAAAUCCAAGAGGAGAAAACAAACAAGUUAGUCAGAAAGAUCAAGAGCAAAUAUAAGUACAAGGACAAGGUCAUCGGAGAUUUAGAGGCCUCUACCUUUGACAUUCAGAAGCAGUUUGAAGAGGUCAAGAUCAAAUAUAUCAAUGCUCUUAAAAAGGAGCAAACCCAUAAAUUCCAUAAAAUCAGACCUACAAAGUUGAUCGAAUUUCAAAAGAAAAUUCGUGAAUUGACUGAAGAGAAUGAAAUGAUGCGCAAAAUGGUAUCAUCUCUUCGUAUUGACAUGAGUUCCAGGGAUAUUACUAUCCGUAAACAAUCAACUCAGAUCAUGAAAUUGGAGAAGAUUACUAAAAUUCAGGCUAAGAUUUCACGACUGAAGCUCAGUGAUAAUCCUUCUUUCGAUACAAGGCCUUAUUCCUCUCAAAAACAUAGAACAAUUGAUCAUGAAGGGCGAGCUCCAAGGAAUAUAAAUGAGAAUGUCCAGUCGACCACCCCAAUUCUAAGAAGUUCAUAUGAAUAUCCUCCUCUGAAGAAAGAUCAAAACUCGCAUUCACUUAACAAGUUGAAACAAAAUAUGAGGGUGAGAAAUAACUUAGUUUUCUUACGCAAACCUUCAAAUGACAGUGCCAAUCAACGUAAAAUCCCUCCUAAAAUUAUGAAGCUCGAUCUCCGUGUUAAGAAUAAAAGCAAUAAGGCUAUCUAGAGGUCUGAGAAUAGAUAAAAGUUUAAACCAAAGUUCAAUAAUUUUGAAUAU